AUGGAGCCUAUUUCACUAGCGUUUGAGAUUACCUCGCUGUCUAUGCAGCUAGUAGCCAUGGUAAAGACCAUCAAAGGACUGGUUACCGCCUACAAGUCAGCCGCACAGGAACUAGAGGAACUAUGUGUCAAACUUGACGAUAUUGAGACCAUUUGCGAUUGCCUCGGGGCGGCUCUAUCGCAUGCUAGCAGUUCAACUACUAUACCUGGACUAACAUCCCUGCUCAGCAAGCUAAGGCGCUCUAUUCAAGACUGCUACGACAAAGUAUCAACUGUCAACCAGAUCAUAGCGGAAAUUUCUGCAAAGCUCGAGCCAAGCCGCAAUCCCUUCAGAAGCAUUGGCGGCUUGUUUCUACGAUACAGACCUCAGCUUGCUACUUAUGUCGGUAGUCUGGAAAGGUCGCACUCAUCACUCCAUGAUAAGAUUAUGCCAAUAGUACUAGGGUCUUUUGCCCCCCUUUCUGUUCGGUUGCAGAUCCCGAGGGUACUUCUGAUCUCCGAAGAUGCCACCGGUGCUGGUGAAAGUGUUCGAAAGGCAUUUGAAACCGACGAUUUGCAAGCGACUCAGGAUCUUUUCAGCCAAGGACUUCUCACAACCGCCACAAUAGUCACGUACACGGAAUAUAAUCCUGAAAAUGAAGCAUCGCUGUUGGGUCUCGCUAUGUCACUUCAAUCUCGGAGGAUUUUCAACUUCUUGAAAGUUCAAAUGAAUCUAAGCGAGCGAAGGAAUCAUUUAGCUCCUUUCUCCUUCCCGUACCGAUACCCCGUAUCAGAUGAAGCCUUCAGCUGCAUUCUCGAGUACAUUCAUUUCCGCAAAGCUUCAAUGACUCCAACAGAGUUCCGCAUCCUACUAUUCACACAUAAGGCCCGGCAUAUGACUGCAUGUGUACAAGCUUGUCGACAGUAUUUUCCUCACGAUUGGUGCCGCUUCGAUGAUGUCAUUCUGAGUGAGGUGAGCUAUGGUUUUAGCCUACUUUCCGCUGAUCAGAUGUCAAAUGCUCAGUUGGAGGACUGGGCACCCUUGUUCACAGAUAUUGUGGCGCGCAGUCAAGGAUUACUCACCAGCUCCAAAUACCACCAGUUCACCGGAACCGUAUGGUUCAUUUUAUGGUAUUCCUUUGACCCUGAUGAUGCUUGGUAUCGUGUUUGCCGCUGGGUCGACGUGUUGGAGCUAGCUCGGGUCGACGUAGCGAACUAUCUGACAGCUGCCAUAGAAUAUUGUUCUGAAAACUGGACGGAAGCUAAGUCCUGGGGCCUUCGCGGACUCGAAGACUCGGCUGUGCGCCGACCUCUUGGUUUUGGGUAUCACAAGGGACGAAUGCUCCCAUCAUGGAUCGAAUACCCUGACACCUCGUGCCCGGUACGCGAACUUUUGGCUGAAUUCCCAGCUCUGCGAUACAUGGACAGAAGAAUCCGGUGGGGGUCCUGGCAUGAACGCACCGACGUAUACAAAAAAUGGCACAGCGGAAGAAACCUCGAUGCAUCACACUUUUCGAUGAUGUAUUGGCCUGUCAUGCCUCCUCUCAAACGAUACAGCCCUAUGGAUGGUGACAGAGAUUACCUAGCAGACUGGGCUGAUCGAGCCUGCGAAUUGCAGGAGCGUCGCUUUGAACGAAAAGAACAUCGCAGGCAUCAAAAGCUUAACGGUAAAGGAAACGGAUGGCAGAGAGUCCCAGGAGCAUGGGUAGAAUGA